AUGGCAAUUGUGAAGUCAGUAGUAUCUCUCAGUUCCCAAGCUGCUGUACUAGUAGUGUUGUUGCCGGUCAUAGUGGCGACGGGUAAGGCGCAGAUGAGCUGCACGACUCAGCUGCUGGGCCUGAAUUUGUGCAGACCCUUUGUGGUGCCCGGUGCCAUCGAGACAGAUCCGAGUCCUCAGUGCUGUGGUGCACUCCAAUCCGUGCAGCAUGACUGCCUCUGCAGCACUCUCAGGCUGGCUUUACAGCUUCCAUCUCAAUGCAAUCUCCCACCUCUCUAUUGUGCUAACUGACA